AUGUUAGAUGAACUAUAUAAAGCAGAACGUGAAGAUAUGGAAAUGAAACUUCAAGCAAAAGAUGAAGUCAUUGAAUCCAAAGACAAAAGCAUACAGAAAAGAAUACCGCGUUCGGUACCAAAAGGAAAGGAAAAGAGUUAUAAGUAUAUGAUAUAUACUGAAGAGAUGGAAAAUGAAGAAGAUAAAGAUAUGGUUAUGUUGCAUUUAGUGAGAAGAAACAACAAGAGCUUUUAUGACUUAGCUAAGAUAUAUAAAUCUGAUAGAAACUGGUUCUAUCGUGAAAACUUAACGAUUUCAAUGACACCGAAUGAGCAAAUAAAGGAAAUUGUCAAAAAUACUCUUCCUCAAACACACUAUGACAUCAAAGGUUGCACAAUACUUACAUUCAAAGAAGACUUAACAUUACUGAAGGAAAAAAUAACAGAAUAUUUCGAUAACUUCAAAGAGGAAGAAUAA